AACACUGCAGUGUCCCUUUAAAUAGGACAACCUGUAUUCCAGAACUGAAUAUUGAACUUUAUAUAUUGUAUUUUGUAACUCAAUGAUUAUUUCUCAUAUAUUUUAUACAGAAAUCAGAAGACUGAGAAACAGCAUUGUUAUUAUUAUUAUUAUUAUUAUUACCACUCAUAUAGCGCCAACAUAUUCCACAGCGCUGUACAAUAAUUUAGAGGGGAUGUUUGACAACACGCAAAUGACAUAUAGAGUAUAACAGAGAGAAGAUGUGAAAAAGGCCUUGCUCAAAUAAGCUUACAAUCCGUGAGGACUUGACGUAAUCUUUACUAGUUCAAAAUAUAUGUGUUCUUGGCUUCUGAUUUCCUGAUUUUUGCUUUUUAUUUAAAUGUUGCUGUUCUUGCAGUUAUCUACCUUCUACACAAAGGGCGUGUGAGAGAUAGUCUUUCCCAAACAAUACAUGCAGAUUCUUGUUCAAAUCCCAAAAUAAAUUAACCCCUUCAGAGUUGUAAAUAUGCUCCACUAAAUGUGAAUCCAAACGGGAUCACUUAUUAAAGAGCGCAUUGCGGAGCGUUGAAGACCAAGUACUAAAUGUAAUCGCCAAGUGGGGAUUUUGGAGUACGUUUUGCAGUUGAGUUUUGAUUUCACUGCUAUUCUCUGUUUAGUGAAUAAACCCCCGAUUUAAUCGUACCCAUACAUAGCUCAAUGUGUAUGGAAGUAUGUGUUUCCCCCUCGUUCCUCGCACAAGAAACCUUUCAGGUGGUGGAAUUUGUUUUAUUUAAUAUCCACCCCGCCUGAAAAUGUAAAUGACAGUAAUCCAGGGAGUUUCUGAAUGUUGCCUGGGGCAGUGCAGCGUCGCAGACCAUCCGGUGUGUGCUGGAUAGUAAUUACUGGCUGCGUUUCACAUCCCCCCUCAUGCUAAACCUGCCAGUCCCACAGCUGUACGAUCAAGACCCAACACAUCUCAGCGGAUCGGCCUCACAGCCUGCCAUUUCCCAGUCGAAGUCGGCUUGAUGUUGCUUUGCCCUGUAAAAGCCAGGGAAGUUUCUGCAUUGCUUGACUACAAGACCCGAGAAGAACCUCAGGGAGGCCCACUCCAAAGCUUAGUGAAGUUUGCACAAUAAGUGGGAGCUUUUGCUGUUUGGUAAACCCAGAUCUCUCCCGGAUCCACGAUGAGGUUCCUCAUGAGCGUGUCGCUCUGGGUUGGCAUCAUGCUCUAUGUGUGCCCUGCUGGCUCCUUCCCCUUCCUUCUCACCCAGCUGAGCACACGUAAGAGCAGCUGCAAGGCCAUCCCCAGCAGUAUGACCCUGUGCCACGGGGUUGGCUACAGCGAAAUGCGUCUACCCAACCUACUGGGUCACGACACCAUGAAAGAGGCGCUGCAGCAGGCUGGCUCCUGGGUGCCGCUUCUCACCAAGCAGUGUCACACCGACACCAAGAAGUUCCUGUGCUCCCUGUUUGCUCCCGUCUGUCUGAGUGAGCUGGAGGAGGCCGUGUAUCCCUGCCGAUCCCUCUGUGAAGAAGUUCGAGAUGGAUGCACCCCCGUCAUGGCUGCAUUUGGCUUUCCCUGGCCCGAGAUGUUUAACUGCACACAGUUCCCUCCAGGGAAUGAGCUCUGUGUGCCCCCUGCUGGCACAGAUGAUAAAUCCCAUGUGACAAAGGAAGAACUCCCGUGUGCCGCCUGCCACAGCCUUGGAGACACCGAAAAGGAAUUCCUGCAAGACUACUGCUCCAAGGAUUUUGCUUUGAAGAUGAAUAUUCGCUCAGUAACUACCUCGGAGGGAGAUGUUAUGGUGAUCCCUGAAGUUAAGAGCAGGACAACUUACAAGGCAAAAGGCUGGUCUGAUGAAGAAAUUAAGAAGACUGUACUUUGGUUGACUGAUGGUGACAGCUGUAUCUGCCAAGAUAUCCAGGAGCCAGGGGUUACUGUGCUGGUUUUAGGACACAGGAUAGAUGAUAGACUGGUCAUCUCCUGGGUCAGGAAGUGGCAGAAAAACGAGAAGGAAACAAAGAAGUUUUCAAGGACUGUACGAAAGCUACAGUGCUAGAAAUAGGGAAUGACGAGGUCCUUCGAUGGGAUGUGUGUCGCACAUCUUGAUACAUUUCUGAGGAUACAUUAUAAACAAAAGCCCAACUCAUGCCUACAGCCCACUCACUAGCUAAACUGAGGUGCUGUCGUCAUAAAGAUGAAAAUUGGAACUAAUACAUUAACCAACCAGGCCUCUCCUUGUCCUGACAGCUUGGAUUACUCUUAACCUUGCCCAUAAGACUUGUUGAAGAACAUAUCGUGGCCAUUAAUUAGUUUGAGUCCUAACAGAAGAAAUUUCUGGAUGUACAAGUAAUAUCACGAUAAGAAAACAGCCCAUAGCAUUAAAAAUUGUCGCUCUGUGAUUUCAUCCUGAAAAUAUUAAUACAUAGGUCUAUAAACGAGGUGAUUCCCCACCUAGAAGUCUCUUCAAUGCUGAGGAUCAUGAUUGCAGCAGACUUUCGUAUCAUUUAUGAUUUCCCUUCUCUGCAAUUGUUGACCAGAGAAGUUCCCCGUUAUGUUUUAUUAUGCAUCAUUUUUAUACUCACCCGCUAGGAUAUUACACAUAGAUGCAUGUCCUACUCAGCCUUUUACAUGGUCUCUAUACUUCACUUAUGCCCCAGACAGAAUUAUUCUAAUUCAAAAAAAUAGAAUCAAACCACCCAGGUGCAGCAUACAGCAAAUACAAAAAAAGGGAAAAAUUAUCUUUCCAGAAUUAUUAUAAUGUUCCUUUGGUGAGGUAGUUGGGGCGACCUGUGACAGCUGUACCAAUGGAUGUCUGGGAUUAAAGCUUGUGCUUUGUUUAAAAUACCCAGCCAUCUAACCAACAGUUUUUCCAUAAUGUUUAGAAACUUAUCCUGAGCUGGGUGUACAGAUAUUUUACCUGGCGAUAUCGAAAAUGGAGGGAAGCUGAUUUCUUCUCAACAAAGCAAAUAAACGACAUCAUAAAACUCUGAA